AUGGUACACCCUGGUGGCUUUGCCAUCUUUCAAACAAAUCCCCUGCUUAGUCUGCAUGGACCAUCAUAUAAAGGAGGGUCUGGAUCCCUGCGGAGCAGAACCCUCUGGUUCACGCCCACGGAAAUGGCUCUUUUUUACCAAGGUGCCGGGGUACUUCUUCUCCUGGCACUGUCUGUAAUCCUGGCUGAAGGUGGGAAGAUCCUGGUGGUACCCCAGGAUGGAAGUCACUGGCUCAGCAUGCGCCCAGUAGUGGAGAAACUGCAGCAAAAGGGACACCAAGUUGUUGUGGUUGUACCCUCAACCAGUCUGUAUAUGAAGUCAAAGGAGCCUCAGAAUUACACAGUGAAAGUGUAUCCAAUCCCUUACACAGACGAAUACUUGGAUGAAAUGCUCAAGACCUACAUUAAUGUCCAUUUUCUUGAACAAUCUGUUUUGAAUGUUGUUCUUACCUCGUAUCAAAGCACGAUAGCGAUCUCCUCGAUCUUCUUCACCAACUGUAAGAGCCUGCUUCAGAACGAAGAGCUGAUGCAGGACUUGAAAGCGAGCAAAUUCGAUGUGGUUUUCACAGAUCCCAUCCUGAUGUGUGGGCCCCUGGUGGCUGAGUAUCUUUCUGUUCCUUCCAUCUACUUCCUGCGGGGCUUUCCCUGCGGAAUGGAUUCCGCUGCUACCCGGUGUCCAAGCCCUCCCUCCUAUGUCCCCAGGUUAUUCUUGGAUAAUUCAGACAGCAUGAUGUUUUCCCAACGGGUGAAGAACAUGCUGGUCGAUCUGCUGGAGCUCUUCUACUGUAAGCCUAUCUAUGAUAACUUUGAAGAACUUGCCUACGAGCUUUUCAAAAAGAAAGUGACAGCGACAGAACUCCUGAGCCGUGGAUCCUUCUGGCUGAUGAGAUACGAUUUUGUGUUUGAGUUCCCGAGACCAGUGAUGCCAAACAUGGCUUUUAUCGGAGGGAUUAACUGUGUUCAGAGGAGAAAACUGUCUCAGGUACAAAAUUUUCUUUGGUUUUUAUAGGGCAAAGGCAAAAAUAGAAAUGUGUCAUAGAAUUGCAGAAUGGCUUGGGUUGAAAGGGACCUUCAAGAUCAUCUCAGUUCACCCCCCUGCUGUCCUGGGCAAGGGAUGUCACUCACAUCCUUACAUCAAAUCCUGACUGACAGCAGCUGGGUGUUUAAAGAUAGAAAUCCUGCAUGAUGCAGAAAUGUUAUUUCCUCAUACCCAGCAUUCAGAUGAUAUCACAUCCUGCCAAACCUAAAGCCUUACCAGACUUAAUUAGGACAAUUUAAGUGACAUAGAGCUUCUAUGCAAAUGUUUGUCUUUUUUGUUGAACUCAAGAAUUUUUGAUAUCCUCCUUUCCCAGCUGUCCUGUGGA